AUGUCAAGCAACGCCUGUUAUAGCCAUGGACUUCACCGUCGCUUAGUCCACGUCUAUAGAGAGUUGACUCGUUUAUGUUGCAUCAACGGCCUCAGCGGGUUCAAUGGCCUCAACGGUCUCAGCGGUCUCAACGGUCACAACGAAUUCAACGGAUUCAACAGGUUCGAGGGCUUCAACGGCUCCGCCGGCUUCGACGCCACGUUGCUCAUGUCGUCAAUCGGAUGGAAGAAAGAUGUGAAUGCAGAACACGCAUUGAAUUGGAGAAUUCAGACAUUGAAAUGA